UACCGGUAUGUAUGUGUGCGUGUGUGUGUGUUUACGCGCCCCUCCCUAAUCUCAUCCCAUCCCAUCCCAUCCCGUCUCGUCUUGUCUGGCUGGCCAACUGGGUAGAGGAUUUCCUAACCUACGCAGGAAGCACGGCUACCAGCCAACCAGCCCAACUGCUACCUUGUAACAUUUUUGCUUUGGGCCUUUCUCGUACAACGCUGCCUAUUAUACCUCCACCUCGCAUACAGCCGCCCAUCCUUUGCACACGGUACUGGUACACGAACCGCGAGCCAAGACGGGAGCAGGACGACGCGAUCAAGGAUAAACAAGCGACAACUGCCACCAGUCUUGAGGCAAGGUAUACGAGAAAACCACGCGCAGACAACGGGCAUAGUUGGUUUUCCCACCUUUUCCAUUCGUCCUCCGUCCAACAAAGAGACAGACCAGGCGCGCGGCAUUGGUUCGAGUUCUGUCGGGGGGGGGAUCUCUCAGCCAGCUGACCCAGCAAGGACCCCUCGGGAAGAAGCAAAUGUUGUCGCUCCCCUUGACCCGUUAACUAAGCGACGCCGACCAUGCAUUGCCUGGCUUGCACCGCUUUCGAUACCUACCUUGGAAAACGACGGAACGGUCAAGGACGGUACGGUGCGGUUCGGUACGGUACCUUCCUUGCCUUACCACACCUCACCACUCAACUGGGCCCCCCGGCGUCCCGGCGUCUGACAUCUGGCGUGCGCCUUGCGCCUUGCGGGUGUGUGGUGUGCGGUAUGCGGCGGGUGUGUACUCGUAUGGCAGCGUGACUAUAAUUCUUGUCUGUUGGUUGUUCUGUCUGUCUGUCUGUCUGUCCGGC